AUGAAGAGGUUGAAGGUCGUGUUGCAGUUGAUCAAGGGUGGCUUCGGCAAUGGCACCAGGAGAGGAGGUGCGAGUAUUACAGCGAAUGGCAGCGACUACGUGCACAAAAAGAAGAAGCUGAACGCUUGCCUACAAUGUGUGGGCGCAGGACCAGCUGAAGAGGGCCAUGGCACGUGCACCCUUUCCGCCGGUGAAAAGUACUUGCGAUUGAAGUUGCUUCCGGCUCGGGUGGCGAACCAAGGGUUGAACACACGCUGGCUUUGGAUGCCAGAUAAUGGGGACUCGCUGAUGAUUUCGCUGAGAGGCACUAUGCAGCUAGAUCCUGACGACGUUCAGACAGAGAUAGUCCCUGAAGUUCCAGGGGAGGGUGUGAACUGGUACAAGGAAGAGGCAGAUGAAUCCCUGGCCCAGUGCAGCCGGCCGCCACCUGCACGUCAGCACGGAAUGGCGCCGCAGUUGGCACCGACGAUGGCGGACUCGCAGGCACCAAAGUAUGAUGGAAGCAUCACCUCGUCCUGCGGAAUGGCGUCCUCUAGCUUGGAUCGUUCAGUGGGUCCCUCGCUGGGGUCAGUGGGAGAGAGAUUUGGAUUUUUGGAGUCCAUUUACGGACAAUGGCAUGAUGGGCAUCGCUCUGACGCAGGGGAGGAACAGUUCGGAUAUCCUGAUCCGAAUGUGCGCCCUCCGCGGCUCCACGUGGUUCAGGCGAUCUUGCAGCAGUGGGUGGCAAGGUUACUGCAAGACGAUGCACGGGGAAUGAUUGUGCAUCUGGACGGCGAGGAGGUUGACGACUGGGCACACAUGGCGCAGGCUGACAUCCUCGUCAUGGCUCCCAGUGCUUUUUCUUGGGUCGCAGCGCUGAUCAACGAGAAGUGUGUUCUCGCCUUCCGUGGCACGGAAGCUCUGCCUGAUUGGAUCGUACAUACGGGCACCUUGCACGGUGAGCAGCAUGCUCAGCUCGGACG